UGAAAAAUCUUUAGUAAUGCGAAUCAAGGAUACAACUUUGGCACCUCUACGAGUGGCCACGUCCAAAUCGGCAAGACGUGCAUAUAUUAGCACCUUUUUACUUAUUGCUGCAAGCUUCAUUCUGUUGGGCUUUGCUAUCACUGCGUAUUUGCUCUUUUAUUACAAUUUUAUUCCGCAAAUCGGGUUAGAGAGGACGGUGCAUUUGCAAUUUGGCAAUGGCAAUCCAUACGGCGUUGCGGCUCUCUCGUCACAGCUCAUCAGUGAGCAACCUUAUGAUGUCACGGUAUCUCUGCAUCUGCCACGCACCCCAUCCAACUUGGAUGCUGGCAACUUCAUGCUAGACCUCUCCCUUCUCUCACGCAUAUCUUCAACUCCAUCGCCUACUCCGUCUUCAUCGUCGAAGAACCCGAUCAGCGUCGCCGCCGAGGCUGCAAAACGACUCUCGUCUGAAACGAAUGCCCUCGUCUCAGACAAUGUUCUCACGCGUGCUCGCCGCUCUGCCAUCCUCACCUAUUCAUCUCCAUUGGUGGAUACGGCCAAAAGGGUAGUAGAUAUGCCAUGGUACCUGCUAGGAUGGCACAAAGAAGCCGAAGUCAUCGAGGUACCAAUGAUGGAAGGCGUGCAGUUUGCUCGUGGGUGGAAAAAUGUUCCUGGUAGUCUGAGAUUAGAAUUGCAGAGCGAAUCUCGAAUGCAGGUGUAUAGCGCCAAAGUUAAAUUCACCGCGAGAUUUCGAGGCCUGCGGUAUAUCAUGUACAAUUACCGCAUUCUGUCAUUUUUCGUAUUCACGUCCAGCUUCUGGGUGGUCGAGCUCAUGUCCACCUCGAUUGCAUGGUUCAUACUAUCGACAUUUUUCUCGGCGCCUACAACUCCUGCUACAGGAACUGACGCGACAAUCAAGCGAGACCCAGAAGACGAGGACGAAGCGGAAGAAUACCGCAUCUUCAAGCGCGAAGGAGCAGCAGAAGAACACGACCCCCGCUUCCGUACCCGGCUCGGGUCGCCGCCGACAAGAAUCAAACGCGAAGAUGAUGAUGACGACGACGAAGAAGGGCUAGAAGGCGAGUCUUCUGAGUUCUCGCUUUCCGAUACGUCGCGCGUCUUUCCGAGCUUCUCAAGCCGUCAGCCACCGUUAAAGUACGUUUCCUCAUCUGCUCGUCCUGCCGCUGAAGCAAGUACGGGUGCCGGUGAAACUACAGGUCCAGGAAGAUCAGCCAGGCCAGGUGACGAAAGUAUUGGCGGUGGCGGUGGCGGACUAUUCAAUCUAUUCAAGCGUGAACCCCAGAGCUCCGAGCGCAGGUUCAAGCAAGAGAAACACAGUGAUGACGAAGGGGAAGAAAUUGAGCGAACGACUGGUAUCGAACCACUCAGGAGAACUCCAAGCACUGGCCGGCAAGGAUUCGCCCGAGACCGAGAAAGUGUCGGUGGCAGAACAGAUUCGGGUCUCGGAACAAGUAUAGAUGAAAGUAUGUCGACAGGGAGACGGGACGGCGGAGCUCCCUUUUCUAGUACAGGCGGUGGAGGAGGAGGAGGAGGAGGAGGAGGAGGGGAUGCCGGCGGUAGUGGCAGUAGUCCGCGAGAAGCGCGACAUGAAGGGUUACAGCGCCGACGAUCAAGAGGAGGUGGAGGAGGAGGGAGUAGUGGUUCAUUAGGAAUGACGUUCAGAGAGCAAGAAGAAGAAGGAGGCCAGGAUGGGGGAAGACAACCGGAAUGAUGAACUGCCAUCAGCCAAAGCCUUUAAGAGAUAUUUGAAAGACAUCUAGCUAAUAUCGCGUGCUGUUUUACGUGCUUCUCUUCUCGCAAAAAGUGAGAGAUGUUUUGUUUUAAAUUGAAUCCACAAGAGAAAUUUUCUCUUUUUAAUUUUUAACUAUUAUCAUUCGUAGAUUUUAAACCACCAUUUUUUUAUCAUAUCAUCAUCUUCUAACCAGGCCAU